AAAAUCUCAAGAUCUUGAUCAGCCUGACUUAGAUUACAACUAUUUCAUGCAGCUGAUGAGGCCUGGCAGCAGUGAAGUGCUCCUGCUGACGCCGACGCAGCUCGACGAGGCGGCCGAGCUGCGGUGGUUCCAGUCCUGCCUGCGGUGGAUGUGCAUGGACCACCAGCCGUCAGCCGGCUGGCAUGCCGCCAUCUCCUGGCUCCUCUUUGCCAUUUUGGCUCUCGCCGUCCCUGCCUUCUCGCACUUCGCCCUCUCCUUCGACCCCGACCGCCGCCCCUACGACGCUGUAGUCCAGAUCGCGCUCUCCGCGGCCUCCGCCAUCUCUUUUGUCUGCCUGUCUGCCGUCAUCCACUGCGUCGGCCUCCGUCGCCUCCUCUUCCUCCACAAGCUCCGCCACGAGAGCGACCGCGUCCACGCCGGCUACACCGCGCAGCUCAACCGCUCGUUCCGCCUCCUCGCCUGCUUCGUCAUGCCAUGCUUUGCCGCCGAGGCUGCCUACAAGGUGUGGUGGUACUGCGCCGGCGCCAGGCAGAUACCCUUUAUGGGGAACGCGGUGCUGAGCGACGUGGUGGCAUGCGCAAUGGAGCUGGCGUCGUGGGUCUACCGCACGGCCAUCUUCCUGCUGACGUGCGUGCUCUUCCGGCUGAUCUGCUACCUGCAGCGGCUGCGGCUGCACGACUUCGCGGCAGUGCACUUCGUGGAGCACGUGGAGGCGGAGGCGGUGCUGCGGGAGCACCUCGACAUCCGGCGGCAGCUGAAGAUCAUCAGCCACCGCUUCCGCGGCUUCAUCGUCGCCUGCCUCCUCACCGUCACCGCCAGCCAGUUCGCCUCUGUGCUGCUCAUCACCCGCAAGCAGUCGCAGGACAACCUCUUCAACACCGGAGAGCUCGCCAUAUGUUCGAUCGUGCUCGUGACGGGAUUCCUCACAUGCCUGCACAGCGCAGCCAAGAUCACGCACCAUGCGCAGGCGCUGACGAGCCACGCCACCAAGUGGCACGCCUGCUGCACCAUCGACUCCUUCGAAGAAGUCGAACCCAACGGAUCAUUCGUCCGAGUUAUACCUGCUGCUAACCCUAGCUCCCUACUUCCGGAGUACACCAUAAAUGAGGAUGAGUCUCCUGAGGACACCGCAGACGAUGACGAUGACGAUGACGAUGACGAUUUGCUGGAGGACACGAAACUCGUGCACCCACACGCGCACACCAUUUCCUUCCAGAAAAGACAAGCGCUGGUGACAUAUUUGGAGAGCAACAAAGCAGGGAUAACGGUGUACGGGUACACGCUGGACAGGACGUGGCUCAACGCCAUUUUCAUGGUUGAGUGGACGCUCUUCCUCUGGCUCUUAGGCAAAACCAUUGGGGUCUCCUAAAGCUUAAUUAAAUACGAUGGAUUUUAUUCUUAAUCUCCUUUCUUCUUUUUCUCUUUCGCGUGUGCAGAUUCGUUUGUAUUAUUAUUCUCGUGCAUAUAACCUCGUAGAAAUUAAGAGCCAAAUUUCCCUGCUCUUAUUAUUUUCCAAGUCCCCUCCUCUUCAUGAUGGCUUGCCUCAGUGUGGCGUUAAUAAUGCUGUAAUUAACUUCAUCGAUCAAGACCCGGUUUGUGUGUGCGUGCAUGUGUGUGUGAUCUCCAAAUUAUUAGGUAACAGCCAGUUACCUAAUUUUUGAAAUUUGUAUAUAACCUAUAUUAUGGAAA